CAGAUGAGCGGAAAAGAUUUGAGGCAGCAGCAGAGAUGUGUUGUGAUGCCUUGAAGAAUACUCAUGCAACCCGCUGAAUAAUUUAUUUGAGGGUUCUCGUAAGACUAUCUAACGAGAUUGGCAACAUUACAAUGAGGAGAUCAUUAAUUGCAUUUAGCUAGUGUAAACAGAGUUAAAGCUUAGCUUAUGUUUUGAUGGAGGAGGACCUAUGCUAGACAAGAGGGAGUGUAACAUGGACGAGAUGGUGAUCCUAGCUGUUCAUCCACUGAUCUAGGGGCUCUCCGUGGGUGGGCUUAUUGAAGAAGCCAUGGAGAGAGGAGGGAAGGCUGCAGAUGAAGACGCGGGUUUGUUUGUGGACUCGGAAUUUCCUGCAGAUGACUCAGCCCUGUUGUCAGAUUGCUCCACUCCCAUCAUUAAACUGAAGGGCAAAGUCACCUGGAUGCGUCCCCAGGAGAUCUGCCAGUCACCAGAGUUAUUCCCUCAAGAUAUCAGCUUGGGUCAUGCAAAGCAAGGUUUAUUGGGAGACUGCUGGCUUCUUUGUGCCUGCACAGUCUUACUGCAAAACAAACAUUUACUAAACAAGGUGAUUCCGCCAGACCAACCUACAUGGGGAGACAGUGGAUACAAAGGAUUUUUUCAUUUUUGUUUUUGGCAGUAUGGUCACUGGAAAGAUGUUAUCAUUGAUGACCUCUUGCCAUGUAUUGACUUAAAACCAUGUUUUUCUCGGUGCCUUUCUCCAACUUCCUUUUGGGUAGCACUGUUGGAAAAAGCCUAUGCCAAGCUCUAUGGCUCUUAUGAGAGGCUUUGGGCAGGACAAGUAUCUGAGGCUUGGGUUGAUCUUACUGGUGGCCUGGCUGAGCACUGGAGUUUGGGUGCCAUUGGAACUGAAGAAGAGAAUGAUAAACAACAAGACACAGAUCUGGUCAGAAGAAGACCAGACCUUGUGAAGUUUGGGAAGGAUAACUGCAUACUUAGCUGCUCCAUUAACAGCAGGACAGCAGUUGAAGAGGCCAAUGAGCUUGGUCAGUAUCAUGCCCUAAUUGUUUUAGAGUGGCUAGAAGUGAGCACCGUGUCAGGAGACAAAGUCCAUCUUCUCCGGAUUAGAAAUCCGUGGGGCAGAUGCUCUUGGACUGGGUCCUGGGGUGAAGGUGGACAUAGUUGGAGUUCUCUUGAUCCUUUAUGUGCAGUGGAUUUGCAAGCAAGAAUUUCACAAGGGGAAUUCUGGUUGGAUGAGGAAGAGUUUGUAUAUAUGUUUGAUGAUGUUAUUGCAGGAUAUAAAGUUGAUGAGAAUGGACACCUUAUAAGCAUAUACUCAGGACACAUAUUACUACACCGUCACCAGCUGGCUGGUGAGUGGAUAAAGGGAUGCUCUGCUGGUGGUAGUAGGAACAGCAGUAGCUACAGCACCAAUCCAAAGUACUGGCUCAAAGUUAGAGAAAGAGGCGAGGUGUUGGUAGCACUCCUGCAGCAUAAAGAAAAUAAGAGGGUGGACAAAUCGGUACACAUGCUAUUUGAAGACCUCAGAAUGAAUAAGCACCAGCAUUACCAAGCUAUUGCCCUGCACAUUUGGAAGGUGGAGAAGAGGCGUUUUAAUUUGAGACGAGUGUUAAAUACAGCUCCAUUUGCUUCUACUCACUGCCAUGCUUAUGAUAGAGAAGUGGUCCUCCAUCAGGAGCUAGAGCCUGGAUACUACCUUAUGAUCCCCAGCACCUACCAGCCAGAAGCUGAGGCCCGAUUUCUCCUAAGGGUCUUCUCUUCUUCAUCCACUUCUCUCAGUACACUGAAAAGCACAGCACUGUCACUGCCAUUAACGCUCGGAGGAGAAUGGGACAAUAGUUACUUUCAGGGAGCUUGGGUCAAGGGAAGCACUGCAGGAGGAAGCAGGAAUUUCCAUUCUCACUGGUGUAACCCGCACUUCCUGUUCAGUGUGUGCAAUGACACCAUGCAGAUUCCAGGAGUCAAUAUCAGAAUCACAUUACAUCAAAAAAAACCUGAAAACAGUUUACAUCCAAUUGGCUUUCAUGUCUACAAGACCCAAGAUGGUAUACCUGAAGCCAAGUCUCAAAAAAAUAAUGAACCUGUAGCCAGCUGUAUUCCUCACUGCUACAACCAGGUUGUGGCCCUACCGUGCAGUCUUACUCCUGGAGUGUACACCAUUGUGCCGUCAACAUACGAGCCUGACUGUCCUGCCAACUUCACCAUCUGCAUAUCUCGUAGGGUACACAGGAAAGUGGUGAGAUGUCAAGAGACACUUGGAAAGGCCAUUCAAGAGAUAUCUUGUACGUCUUUGAUGCAGAAUUAGUGCCGACAGCUCCUCCAAUGAUGUCGGCUAACCUCACUAUGGCCUCUGGCACAGGAUGAAAGAACUAUAUCUUCAGUCCAUGUUUACCAGCCCAGCACUGUGUGCAUGUCUAUGUGUGCAUGUGUACCAUGAAUGUUGAGGAAUGCAAGCAAAAUUAGUGAGAAUGUAUGUCGGUACUCAUAGCCUCUUUAUCAAGAGUUUCUGAGGCUCUGGACUGUGGGCAGUCACACACUUAUCAGCCAUUAGGACAUCAGAGGCUGUCGGUGGGCUGGGCUGCUAAUGAGCUAUGACGGGACUGGCUGGUGUAAACAAACAGCCGCCAUUGAAGGGCCUGCUGCUGCUCUUGCCCAUUCACUCACUGGUGCGCUUUCUGGCCAAGAACAAAGUCCUCUCUUAUGAGAGGCACAGGGGGCAUGGGGCGACUGAUGGUCUCAAACAGGAGAGCCAACAAAACGACACCAUAACGUGCCAUACCAUGCCAAAGCAGUCCUCCCAUUUUCCUCUAUUCAUUAGGUUUAUAUACUGUUUUGUUGCAACAGCGGGGCCAUCAAUCUUACCCUUGUAAAGUAUAGAUCCAUGAGUUUACCUUACUGCCUAUAUUAGAACAGUGUUUUUGAAAAUGAUCCCUAAACCGAUUAUUUGAGUUUUUGUUAAUUAUAAUAUUUUGUAAUGUGUGGCUCUGAAUAAUAAUAAAACUCUGAACUUUC